CUGCAUUUCUCAGCCCAUGAACAGCUGAUGGACUGUGGCCCCCAAACAGACAGCGGGCUCGGGCAGGGAACCGAGAGUGGAGAGCGGCGUGGCAUACAAACCCAGCCAGCACACAGCACCCUCGCAGCACAAAGGACAGGCCCAGGUGAUGAGUCUGACGGGCUGACAAACCCAGCCAGCGUACAACGCUUGCAGCGCAGAGGGCGGGCCCAGGAGGCCCAGUGUGGCUGCAGCGAACACAGCCGGCGCAACGAGCAGGACUGGGGUGCCGAUGGGGGAGGCAUUCAGACUUGGGCAGCGCACACAAGCCUCAUGGCACAGCUGAAAGAACAAAUAACCCCCUGCGACGAAGAGUGCAGGCAGCGAGAAGAAAAACGCACAGCAACCCUGCGGCGCAGAGGGCAGCCUCGAGAGCCGAGCCAAAACGAGUCCACACCAGAUCUGCGACGCAGAAGCCAGCCUCAGAGAGCCGGCAAGUGCGAACAUGCCCGCGACAGAGGGCGGACCUCGGGACGCAGUCAAGGGCACACAAGCCCCGUGACACGGAGGAUGGGCUCAGCGGGCUGA